UUCAGCUCCAUGUUUUGACGAAAACCCGACGAAUUAUGUCGAAAAUGACCAACGUAAAUUCAAGUUUGGCUUACGAAAUAUUGUUGUACCUGAAUAAUUUUUACUUAGGCAUGUUUUUCGUGUGUGAAGUGGCCAUUGGGAUUUUGAAAGCGAUAAAUGUGUCGUACCCGGAGAACGCCUUGCUAACUGAAACUGGUAUUUUCGGCGCCUUGUGUGUUAUCGAGGCUUUCCGCAUAUUUUUGGGACAGAGAGGAAACUUGUCUAGUAAAAAGGUUCCUGUGUUCUUUUCAGUCCUACUCACAAUACCUUCAGCAGUAGGUGUCUGCUACUUCCUUAUCUACCAAACCUACAUUAUAAGGUUGGAAUACAUCUGGUGCGCCGUUAUGCUCAUGUUUCACGCCUUGGAGAUGGCCUUCGCCAUUCUGUUCAUGUUCACAGUGUGCAAAAACCAGCAGUAUGACUAGAACAAGUUCCAAAGUACCUCAGUGCCAAAGAGAUACUAAUGAAUGCCAAAAGCUGACUGAAAAACUAUAACAUUCCAAUUUUAAAACAGUGUUCUUCUGUUUAUAAAGUUGUCUCUUAUUUUAUAUACAAGUGAUUUAGGUAAGAGCCAUUUAAAGGGAAGUUUGUAGGAUAUAUUUAGGUGAAAGUAGUUAGGUAACAUAUUUGCUUUAAAGCCUAAGUAUUAUGUAGUUUAUAUUUAAGUGUUGUUUCAAGCUUACUAGUUGUUAAAAAAUAGCCUUAAAUUUUUGUCAUAAAAUGAUAUUAACUCAAUGCACAGAUUUGUAUCCGAAUGUUGUAAUAGCUUUGUAUACCACAAAUAUAUAUAUGAUAGAUACCAAAAUAUACCAUUUAUACAUUUUUACUUACAUACAUUAUUGAUCAAUCCAAAGGAGAGGUUACAGCCGAAAAUAUAGUUAAUACUCCAGUGAAUUAUUUAAUUUUUAUAUAUUUUAUUCUUUAGAACUUACAAAAUAAAUAAAUCUUGAGACUAGUCUCAAAAAUAAUUUAUUUUAUGUACUGUCUUGAAUUUAACACAUUCAGGUCCAAGAACCCGACUGUCGUGUACACUGUUUGUAGCGACUACGCGCUCCAUACGGCGAAACCGUGGGUACGCGCUACGAGCGUAACCCGUAGCACUUAGUGUGGCAAUUAAUGUGUUAAAUGUGUUUAUUGAUGCAGUUGAUUAUAUCUUGUUAGUGUAGGGGACUGUCAGCUUCAAAAAAUCAAAACCAUUGGACCAUAUUAUAGUAAAAUUACUACAGAUUUGACAAAUACUAGGACACAGUACUAGGGAGUGCUCCCAGUACUGGUUAUCUAUACAAACACAGUACCGGAACUGGGAAUUCCCGGUUCUCGCCAUACAAACUCAGUACCGGGAGC